AUCAUCAGCUGAUCAGAACAGCGGCUGUGAGCUGAGUCAAAACAAGAGGAAACAGCAGCACAAAGGCAGAGAAAGGAGGAACACACAGGAGGGGGGCUUAUUAUUGACUGUAACACUGAGGAGGAACCAUCAUAUCUCAAGCUGGCUCCCAUUACUGCGCAGAACCAGGACUAUAACUGAUCUCUGAUCAGAUCAUAGGGACUGGCCCUAAAGGCAGAAGCCCAAGAAAUCCAGUCAAAGUCUGGGAGAAAUACCUCAGAGUGUUCUGAGCUGCAAAGAGACUCCUCCAUGAGGCCACGUGCUGCUGAUCUGCUGCUUCUACCAGAUGGCGGGAGAUAAACACAGAUAACUGAGGGGGAAAUUUUAAUCUUCAGCCAUUUAUUGAGGACAAAAAAGACUCUAAUACAACAGGGAAAACUAAUAACUGGAACUUGAACAAUGGCAUCCUACAGCUCAGCUCCCACACAGGAAGGGACCAACGGGGGCCCAGCAUCUAUAAAAAAGGAAAGCCCAGAUGAAUCCAUGAAGCUGAAGAAGGAGAUCUCGCUCCUGAACGGGGUCUGCCUCAUCGUGGGGAACAUGAUUGGCUCUGGGAUCUUCGUCUCACCCAAGGGCGUGCUCAUCCACAGCGCCUCCUAUGGUCUAUCUCUAGUGGUGUGGACCGUCGGGGGGAUCUUCUCUGUCUUUGGGGCCCUGUGCUACGCUGAGCUGGGGACCACCAUCACCAAAUCAGGAGCCUCCUACGCCUACAUCCUGGAGGCCUUCGGCGGGUUCCUGGCUUUCAUCCGUCUGUGGACGUCCCUGCUGAUCAUUGAGCCGACCAGCCAGGCUGUCAUCGCCAUCACAUUCUCCAACUACAUGGUGCAGCCCGUCUUCCCCACCUGCAUAGCUCCAUACCUCGCCAACAGGCUACUGGCUGCCGCCUGUAUAUGUUUGCUGACCUUUGUGAACUGUGCCUACGUGAAAUGGGGAACCAGGGUGCAGGACUUCUUCACCUACGCCAAAGUCAUCGCCCUCAUAGCUGUCAUCAUCACCGGCCUGGUGAAGAUCGGACAAGGUUACACCCAGAACUUUGACGGCAUGUUCGAAGGAUCCUCUCAGGAUCCAGGACACAUCGCUCUGGCUCUGUACUCUGCUCUGUUCUCCUACUCCGGAUGGGACACACUUAACUUCGUCACAGAGGAGAUCAAGAACCCAGAGAGGAAUCUGCCCCUGGCCAUCGCCAUCUCCAUGCCCAUCGUGACAGUGAUCUACAUCCUGACCAACGUGGCUUACUACACCAUCCUCCCUAUCAACGCAAUCUUAGACAGUGAUGCCGUCGCCGUGACUUUUGCAGAUAAGGUGUUUGGUGUGAUGAACUGGACCAUCCCCUUGGCUGUGGCCCUUUCCUGCUUUGGUGGACUGAACGCCUCCAUCGUGGCGGCCUCCAGGUUGUUCUUCGUGGGCUCCAGAGAGGGCCACCUGCCUGACUUCUUGUGCAUGAUCCAUGUCCACCGCUACACUCCCAUCCCUGCCCUCCUCUUCAACGGCUUUAUGGCUCUUAUUUACCUGUGCGUGGAGGACGUCUUCCGGCUCAUCAACUAUUACAGCUUCAGCUACUGGUUCUUCGUCGGCUUAUCUAUUUUAGGGCAGCUUUAUCUUCGCUGGAAGCAGCCCGAUAGAGAGAGACCACUGAAGCUCAGUUUGUUCUACCCCAUCAUUUUCUGCCUCCUCACCGUCUUCCUGGUGGUAGUCCCCCUUUACAGCGAUACCAUCAACUCCCUGAUCGGGAUCGGCAUCGCCUUGUCAGGAGUGCCUGUUUAUUUCCUCUGCUGCUACACGCCGGCCAGUAAGAGGCCGCUGUGGCUGCGCAGCUUUAUUGCUAAAUGUGGCAUCCUGAUUCAGAAAGUGUGCUACUCUGUUCUGACGGAGAUGGACGACAAAUCAGAGUAGAGACAGAUGCUAGAGACAGAGACUGAAGACACAGAGUCUGAACUCUGGUCCACCAGCUGCUGCUAAAAGGCCUGGAGGAGAAACAUCUGGGCCCCAGCUGGACGCAGCUCUCUGGUCCAUCAGUCAUCUCCAAGUGAUUGGGACUUUUCUCACGGUGGCAGAGGCAUUUUCAGGGACAACAUUAAAAUGCACUCCAGAGGUCUUCAUGCGACCGAACAUCUCAGUCAAGAACCAUUUAAUCGUACCAAGUAUUUUGUGCAAAAUAACAGGGAAGUUUGAUUUACCUUCCAGGCUAUAAAUUAUUGAUGAAUUUGUUUAAGUGGGCAUAUUUGAAACUGAAGCACUGCUGACCACACAGCCUUGUUAUUUGCACACAGAAAGGCAAUAAAUAGAUUCAAGCGUUUUACAGGCGUUCACAUGUUUUAAAGCGUUUAUCAAAUGUUUUUUAUUGUCAGCUGUGAGAUCUGUUAAAGGGCUAUUUUUACACAAAAAAACUGCAGUCCGACUUCAACGCUGACUGUUAAGUCUGUUGGAGCUGGACCAUCUUCAGCUGUAAAGAUUUAUUUAUAAUAAAAGGACUUUACACCUUUAAA